CAGCACCAUCAUACUCGCACACGCUCAAUAAAGUCUGUUUCGAGCUUCGCGCCACACAAAUUCAGCUUUAGACACCUCCUUCCCUAAUAUAUCUCACAUGUCUGGCAACAGAACAGUGUUCAUUGGGAACAUCCCGUAUGGCGUCUCCGAAGAUGUGAUCACACAAACCCUUGAGCGCGUUGGCCAAGUAAACCACUUUCGUCUGGUGUACGACAAAGAGACUGGCAAGCCAAAGGGCUUCGGAUUUGCAGAAUAUGCAGAUGCAGACCAAGCAGCAGCAGCCGUCCGGAAUCUUAACGAAUUUGAGCUUGCUGGCCGUAAACUGCGGGUAGAUUAUUCAAAUGAUGGCAAAGACAGUGCAGAUGGUGGGCACCAGGGCGGCACCCAUGGCCAUCCAACACAAGCAGCGUCGCUACCUUCCCUUCCGCCUGUAAACGGGCCCCCAAUAGGACAGCUACAGGGCGAUGCGCCAGCACUUCCCGAGGGACAAGGUCUCGGAAACCAUCUGACGGCGCAAGAUGCGAUAUCGCAAACGGUCGCAGCCAUUCCACCUCUUCAACUUCUUGAUGCGAUGCAGCAGAUGCAGGAUCUGUGUCGACAGGAGCCUGACAAAGCAAUUCAGAUGCUUAGACAGGCACCUCAACUCACAUACGCGAUCACUCAGAUCCUCAUCCUCAUGAAACUGACCGACCAAAACACUCUCGCAUCUGUCAUCCAACAGACAGCUUCGCAACCACAACCACCACCUGUUACCGGAGCGCGUCCGGGCCUUCCCCCGAAUCAAUACCCACCACAGCAGCCUCCACACCAGCCAUAUGCACCUCCACAAUACGCGGCGCCAACGCCACCUGUCGGUUUGGCAUAUCAGCCUCCACAGCCACCUCCACAACAGGCUCCACCACCUCCUCAAGCACCUACACCAGAGCAGCAGGCACUCAUAGCGCAGGUUAAGGCGAUGACCCGAGAGCAAAUAGAUCUAUUACCGCCUGCGGAACGACAGCAGAUCAUUCAGUUGAGACAGUCACUUGGGGCGCCAGUACCUGGCUAUGGAUGAACUAGUACACAAUAAUGCAUAUUAAGUCUAUUCGAUAUCAAGCAUCAAAGGUCUCGACAGAACACAUGGGGUUUCGAGCAUUUUGAGCUCUGGGGAUGGAAUUGACGAACUCGAGACUUGGUGCUUUUUGAAACAUAAUGCGAAAAGUAAAAAAGUUCGCUGUAUUAUUAAGGAUUAAAACCGCGACGCUCUCAAGCUUCGUGGAAAUGAUGGCCAUUAUUGUCGGUUAUGUCGAGAAAGAACCCCUUUUCAGAGAGCAUGUAGCAAUGCAUUCGAGCGGUUGAGUGAAAAAUGAGCAGCAGUCUCGGGAAAUCGCCAUACC